AUGACGGACGUGACGUCGUUUACCGUCUACGGGCUGGUCACGACCGUGGACUUCCAGCGCUGUGCAGAGGCGGCGGCGUACGUGAACGACAGGUAUCCGGAAUCCUAUGCCGUCAUAGUGAAGCUAGAGCUUCCACGAGACUUUGCCGAGCGGCGGGCUGCGUGGGCAUCGGCGGGGCAGCUGCCGUCCCAGCAGCAGCCGACAGACACCUCGCUCGGUGAGAGCGGUGGGUCGUCUACCACGGGGUCCGCGGCUUCUGGAGAACCCGCCGCGGUGCUGGUGGAGCAGCACGGCAGCGGUAGCGAGCCGCAGCGCCUUCUCACUGCGGAGACGUUCUUGCGCAACGUUUCUACCCACACGGACUAUAAGCCCGACGCCACGGAGGAUUACUACACCGCGCAAGGCAAGCGUGCGUGGCGCGCCUUCCUCGCAUCGCGUGGCCGACAGUACUGCUGGAUGGAUGUGGCGGUGGACGGCGUGGCGGUGGGGAGGGUUUGGUUUGAGCUGUACGCGGCUGUGGCGCCGCUGACGUGCAAGAACUUCUGCGAGCUGUGCCGCGGCACCAUGGUUGCCACGGGCGACACCGUCGCGCUCAGCAGCGUAUACGAUCUGCCGCCGGCGCAGCACAUCGGCUACAAGGGGACUACCUUCUUCCGCACCUUAAAGGAUGCGUGGGUGAUGGGAGGCGACGUGACCGGUGCGCACACCGGCAAUGGCGGGUACUCGUGCUACGGCCGCUGCUUCCCCGAUGAGACGUACGCCGUCCCCCACGAUGCGGCUGGCGUUCUAGGCAUGUGCAACGACGGCCCGCACACGAACAGUUCCGCCUUCUACAUCACGCUUCGGCCCAUGUCCUGGAUGAACGGCAAGUACGUCGCCUUUGGUCGAGUCAUGGACGGCAUGCACGUGGUGGACGCUAUCCACGCGGUCGCGGUGCGUCACAACCAGGCCCCCAAAGUGUCCAUCGUCAUCACCGACUGCGACGUGCUGGACACGACUGUGUAA